AUGGCAGAAACAGAGAAUCUCAAAGAAGAGAAGCAAUACGAUGAGGAAAGCCACUGUAAACCUUUUCCUUUCACCAAACAACUUUUCCUCAAUUCCCUAUGGUUUCUCAAUUCUCACCUUCCAAACGCUCUCUUGUCCUUUCCUUCCAUGUACCCUUCCGCAGCAUCCAGCUCCGUCACGGAGACCAUCAACGGCUCUCACAGGUUCACAAUCCGCGGCUAUUCCCUGGCGAAGGGCAUCGGAGUCGGAAAAUACAUCGCCAGCAACAUCUUCACUGUGGCCGGCCACAAGUGGGCCAUAUACUUCUUUCCCAACGGCAAGAAUCGCGAGGAUAACCCCCUUUAUGUCUCCGUUUUUAUCGCGCUGGCCAGCGAGGGCGCCGAUGUACGGGCCUUGUUCGAGCUCACACUGGUGGACCAGAGUGGCAAGGGCAAACACAAGGUCCAUAGCCACUUCGAUCGAUCGCUCGAGAGCGGGCCCCCCACCUUGAAGUAUCGAGGCAGCAUGUGGGGUUUCAAGCGAUUUUUCAGACGAGAAUUGCUUGAAACAUCAGAUUUCCUCAAGGAUGAUUGCCUGGAAAUUGACUGCACUGUUGGUGUUGUAGUGUCAGGAAUAGAUCGGAAAAGAUUGCAAUCUGUGCAGGUCCCUGAGUCUGAUAUUGGAACUCAAUUUGGUAUGUUACUGGAGGAUGAGGUUUAUUCUGAUGUCACCUUUAUUGUGUCUGGUGAAAAGUUUCAUGCGCACAAAUUGGUCUUGGCUGCUCGUUCUCCUGUAUUUGAAACUGAACUUCUCAACACAAUGGAGGAAAAUAAUCAUGAGAUUGUUGUCGCCGAUAUAGAACCUAAGGUUUUUAAGGCUUUACUACACUUUAUAUACAGAGAUACUCUGGUUGAAGAUAAGGAGCUGUUGGAAUCAAGUUCAUCUUUCAUGUCAUCUGUAUCUGACACAUUAGCUGCUAAGCUGUUAGCACCGGCAGAAAAAUAUGGUUUGCCUAGACUCAAAAUUAUCUGUGAGUCUGCGCUCUGCAAGGAUAUAGCUGUUGAAUCUGUUUCCCAUAUUCUGGCACUGGCUGAUCGUUACCAUGCAACAGACCUGAAAUCUGUUUGCCUAAAAUUCGCUGCUGAAAACAUUGUAGCUGUUAUGCACUCUGAUGGGUACAGGUAUCUCAAAGAGAACUGCCCAUCGCUGCAAUCUGAGCUCCUAAAGAUGAUGGCAGACGGUGGGGAGCGAUUUAGUGAAGGGGGAAAAGGCCAAAGCACUUGGGCACAUUUAUCUGAUGGUGGCGAUACAAAUGAUGCCAAUGUAAGGCAACAAAGCUGGGGCAGUGAAGGGGAGAGAAUUGAAAGAUAGGGUGUCCCGUUCGACACCAUUUAUGCAGGCAGGAGUCGGGCAACAAGGAUAAUACCAUAAAUGGUACUAAUCUUGUUUUGUCUAAUGAUGUCAAUGUUAUGAGUUGAAACAGAGAUUGUGAAACAUGCAAAUAGAGAGAAGAGAAGGGAAAGGAUGAAAGGUAGGAUGAAACACUGUCUUGUUUUAUAAUGAAUAUGAUACAGAUUGGUAGAAAUGAGGUAUUUAUAUUUCUUGAAGUGGGAAAUACCGAAUCAGCAGGAAAUUGUGGUAUUCAGCGAUCAUCAGAGUUCAAGUUUACACAAAUGCAGGCAGAAUUUCGCCUGUGGAUGUUUGAACAAGUGAUGUGGUUCUUGUUGGAAAGAAGCUUAUAAGAUCGUUUAGAACCUGCUUGUUGGCAGAUCUUCAGUUGUACUUGUUUACCCGGCUAGGAGAGAGUGCAUAUUUGUUUCCCUUCCCCGCUUUUAAUUGGUAUAGCUAGAUUGUUUAGAUGCUUUUUUUCUGGGGACCAAACUAUAUAUAUACAGUGGUUACAUACUCUCAUUUGUGCUUUGCUUGAUGGCAAAGUUUGUUCAUUUGUACUUUAGUACACAGUAUUGGUGGCUACUGAAAUUGUUCUGGUUUUCCAAGGCAGGAUUCCAUCUGAUGCUGCUGGAAAAAUAUUUGUAUGAUUAAAAGGUGUUAGUUGCU